AUGGGUGACGGCACGCUCAGAGUUUGGGAUGUCAAGGGCGCCGUGUGUCGAUUGGCGAUUCCUGCACACAAGGCUGAGAUCCUUAGCUGUGAUUGGUGCAAAUAUGACCAGAAUAUUGUGGCCACAGGCUCAGUAGACUGCAGUGUGUGUGUGUGGGACAUGAGGAAUGUCCGGCAGCCUGUCAAUCAACUGCUAGGCCACACCUAUGCCAUCCGCAGAGUUAAGUUUUCUCCGUUCAGUAAAACGUUGUUGGCGUCCUGCUCGUACGACUUUACUGUCAGGUUCUGGGAUUACAGUAGGAACCAGCCUCUUCUGGACACUGUGGAGCAUCACUCAGAGUUUGUCUGUGGACUGGACUUUAACCUGCACAUCCCCAACCAGGUGGUGGACUGUUCCUGGGAUGAGACGGUGAAGAUCUACACGCCUGCCUGUCUGUCUGCAGCAACACACAGCACAGCACCGUAAAACUCACGCAUGAGUCCUACUAUAGUUCUUACAUUGCAUUGAGUUCUGUUCAUCGCCUUGAGGCUUACUUUAACCCAGUGGUUCCCAAACUAUUUCUGUCAGGCCCUAAAAUUAUUUCUCCCCACACAAAGACGCAUCACCACACACACAUGCACAUCUUUGGUUAUUAAAUUCCAAUACAGUCUGAAAUAAUUUAUUAAUUUUACUGAAAAAAGGAUGAACAAACCUUUAAUGAAGUUUGUUCACAAUUUCACUGGAGUCCCUUUGUCUUCAAAGAGUCAGUCACAUCUUACUGUGAACUUUAAACUUUGUUACUGUCCGCCCUUCCUGCAACGUAUCAUAACAGAUAAGUCCAGUCCCCCUAUCAUAAAAUAGAUUUCUGCAUCCAUCCAGAAAUGUUUACCUGGUUUGGUCCCCAGGUGGAAGUCCCCAGAUAGGGUCCCCACAAAGGGAUAAAUACCCAAACACACACACACACACACACACACACACACCUAUACAUAAACAUUAUCAGCAGCAGGAGUUGUGAAAGUUCCACCCAAUCUAAUCUAGUACACUGAGAACCCAAACACAUGUUUGUAACAAGGAGAUAAAGAGUGAAACAGAAAGAAGUUCCUCCAUUUUGUCAUAAAUCUUGCUUUUAAAUUCUUAUGAAGAAUAACAAGGAAUACGAUAAGUUACUGUUAGAGCUGCAUUUUAUUUGAUUAAUCAGAAGCCACUUUUGUAUCUCAAUAAUCCUGUACUUUGAUUAUGGCACAACAGCGCCACCUAAAAAAGUAUCUGAUCAUGAUUUUAUUUAAUAAGCAUCCUUUAUGUUUCGGGCUUGAUUAACAACUUGUGUUGACUUUAAUGUAAAUAAAUUAUGUAAAUCAGUGAGUGUGCAUAAUAUCUGUCAUUUUCUGCUUCUCUUUCAUCUCAGUGAUAUUCUGAUAAACUGUGACUGAUUUCACUGCUGAGGUGUAGAUUAAUGGUUGUCGACGAUGUUGUCAGUGAUGAUCUGUAUGUGCAGUGCCUUCAAUAAAGAUGCAAAUAUCGCAUGAAGAUGUUGAUAUCAAAACAAA